UUCAAUCAAAAGUUAGAUUGCACUUCAUUACAAAACUGUCCAGUUUUAAUUAUUUUAUAUAAAAAAUAAAGCACUUUCCAAACCUUGAAAUCAAGACAUUUCCAAUUAUUUUAAGAACCCUGAUGCAAGUAAAAAUAUAUUUGUUACAAGAAAGUAGCAUGUCUGCCAGCUAAAGGUAACUCUGUACUCAUCAACGGUGGCUACAGAUUUUUCCGUACAGGAAAUUAAGUUACACAUUUGUCAUAACAAAGAGGCCUUUCAUUGUAAAUCUUGGCCAAACCAAACUUUUCCAGUGAACGCUCCAGCAGAGGGCAGUCGGAGGAUAAACGGAGAACGUCUGGGUGUGGCUGCCUUAACGUUUGCAAGGUAAAUGCUCUCUGUUUGGUCUCUGGGGUGGGUGUCGCUCAUACAGACAAAAAAACUGGUUUUACACAAAUAUGUGCUCCUGUGCAAGAGGAGAAAAAAGGUUGAAUCAAAAGAGGUAAAAAGCAAAAAGAAAAACGCAAUAGCCCUCAUAUUGUGUCAGAAGCAAGUUUUCAGCCUGGACCAUUAAAACAACAUAAAACAGAAACAAAAAGUGAGUUAAAUAAACUUCAACUUAAACUACUGGGAGUUGCGUUUUCAGCUCAUGACCUCAGCCCCUCUGCAGAUCCUCCCUGCAGCACUAAAUCUCACAUCGCCGUGCAGGAAUGCACCGCCAGACACUGUUGCUUCAGCAAGAAUCUUUACACACAGUUUACAGUCACUCACAGCCGAAACUAAACUGGCUGCAAGCAGGAAGAUCGCUCAAACUAAACCGGCUGCAAGCAGGAAGAUCGCUCAAACUAAACCGGCUGCAAGCAGGAAGAUCGAUCAAACUAAACCAGCUGCAAGCAGGAAUAUGGAUCAAACUAAACCGGCUGCAAGCAGGAAUAUGGAUCAAACUAAACCGGCUGCAAGCAGGAAUAUGGAUCAAACUAAACCGGCUGCAAGCAGGAAUAUGGAUCAAACUAAACCGGCUGCAAGCAGGAAGAUCGCUCAAACUAAACCGGCUGCAAGCAGGAAUAUGGAUCAAACUAAACCGGCUGCAAGCAGGAAGAUCGCUCAAACUAAACCGGCUGCAAGCAGGAAGAUCGCUCAAACUAAACCGGCUGCAAGCAGGAAGAUCGCUCAAACUAAACCGGCUGCAAGCAGGAAUAUGGAUCAAACUAAACCGGCUGCAAGCAGGAAUAUGGAUCAAACUAAACCGGCUGCAAGCAGGAAGAUCGCUCAAACUAAACCGGCUGCAAGCAGGAAGAUCGAUCAAACUAAACCAGCUGCAAGCAGGAAUAUGGAUCAAACUAAACCGGCUGCAAGCAGGAAUAUGGAUCAAACUAAACCGGCUGCAAGCAGGAAUAUGGAUCAAACUAAACCAGCUGCAAGCAGGAAUAUGGAUCAAACUAAACCGGCUGCAAGCAGGAAUAUGGAUCAAACUAAACCGGCUGCAAGCAGGAAUAUGGAUCAAACUAAACCGGCUGCAAGCAGGAAUAUGGAUCAAACUAAACCGGCUGCAAGCAGGAAUAUGGAUCAAGAGUUUUACAGAAAAAACAACCAAAAAAGGACAAAAAACAGGCUAGGCAGACCAAUUUCUGAAAAUUAUUUUGCACUGGAACGGUCUUCAAGCAGCUCACAGACACAUUCAGACAUGGAUUGGUGGUCAGAUUUAGCACCAGUGCUUUGCUCAAAGGAACAUCGACAAUCAGCAGAGGACGAAACAAACUUCUCAACUGCAAGACUUUUCCACUGGACUAAAACCAGAAACCCAGCAGGCCGUCCAUUUUUAUAUUCUGUGAGCAGAAACCUGCGGGACUCGGUGUGGCAGCGAAGGCAACGCAGCGAAGGCAACGCAGCGAAGGCAACGCAACGAAGGCAACACAGCGAAGGCAACGCAGCGAAGGCAACGCAGCGGCAGACGAGUGGAUUAGUCAGAAUAAAUGUGCUGAUUUUUAAAGCGCCGCUGAAUCGAUUUAUAAACAGAAACGUGGGCCGCUGCUCUUCAUUUGCAACUUUUCACAUGCAGUCUGUUCCCAUCUGUGACUGAAACAGACCAGAGAAGAAGAAGAAGCUCAAACACAACAAAUGUCCUCCAAUGUUAAAGGAAACAGCAGUUUUAUUUCAGCAGCUCUAAACUGCAAAAACACAAAACAUUACCAAGGAUUUUUAGUCAACGUUUAGUGUAAAGAUCUCAGUGCAUUUGAAAUAAGACAAAAAUAACUUACAUGUAACUUUUCAGCAAAACAUAGAAUACUGUUAUAAGUAAAUAAUUACCUAAUAUUAAUUUUUAAAAAGUGCUAGACAUAAGUGAAGUAGAUUGGAACAAGACAACAGAGUUUACAACAGAAUAUUAAGGACGAGUUAAGAAAAGAAAAUAAUAAAAUUAGAAUAAUAAAGUCACAUAAUGGGGAAAAAAAUUAAAUAAUGUGAGAACAGACAUAAAUUUUUACUUUAUUCUC